AUGGCCUGCGAGACUCGGGCUGCUGGGGACUCGGCGCUGCGCCGCCUCCUGAGACUGCACCGCACCGAGAUCGCCGUGGCCGUGGACAGCGCCUUUCCGCUGCUGCAUGCGCUGGCCGACCAUGACGUGGUCCCUGAGGACAAGUUCCAGGAGACCCUUCGUCUGAAGGAGAAGGAGGGCUGCUCCCAGGCCUUCCACGCCCUCCUGUCCUGGCUCCUGACCCAGGACACUGCGGCCAUCCUGGACUUCUGGAGGGUUCUCUUCAAGGACUACAACCUGGAGCGCUAUGGUCGACUGCGGCCCAUCCUGGACAGCUUCCCCAAAGAUGUGGACCUCAGCCAGCCCCGGAAGGGGAGGAAGCCUCCUGCGAGCCCCAAAGUCUCAGUUCUGCCACCCAGACCCCCCGCCAAGAGGAAGGCCCCGGAGGAGCCUCGAGCUGCCCCAUCAGCAGCCCUGACCCCAAGGGGCACCUCAGGCCCAGGUUCCCACGUGAAAUCCAAGCCAAAGAAGGCAGAGGGCCACGUGGAGCCACAGCGCCCCCCGCUGGGGAACGGAAUUCAGACCCUGUCUGCUUCAGUCCAGAGAACUGUGGCUGUGUCCUCUGGGGACGUCCCAGGAGCCCACGGGGCCGUGGAGGGGAUCCUCAUCCAGCAGGUGUUCGGGUCAGGGGGCUCCAAGAAGUGCAUCCAGGUUGGGGGCGAGUUUUACACUCCCAGCAAGUUUGAAGACCCUGGCGGAGGUGGCAAGGGCAAGACGCGCAGCGGUGGGGGUCUGAAGCCUCUGGUCCGAGCCCAGGGCGCCCAGGGCGCUGUCCCAGGUGGAGGUGAGCAGAGGAUUAUCCAGCAAGACAGGAUCCCAGUCCUUCCAGCCCUCCCGGGUGAGCCCCCACUGCACCAGAAGAACGAGGACGAGUGUGCCGUGUGCCGGGACGGCGGGGAGCUGAUCUGCUGUGACGGCUGCCCCCGGGCCUUCCACCUGGCCUGCCUGUCCCCACCACUGCGGGAAAUUCCCAGCGGCACCUGGAGGUGCGCAUGCUGCCUCCAGGGGAGAGUCCAGCAGGGCCUGCCCCAGGCUGAGGAGCCCCGGCCCCCAGAGCCACCUGCAGAGCCCACGGCCCCCCUGGGACUGCGGCCAGCAGGAGAGGAGGUGAGAGGCCUGCCCAGGGAGCCACUCCCUGCUGUGGACACCACUUUCGCCCACACACACCUGCUUGCGCCGACUCCCACAGUCACCCUGCCAGUGCUGGACCCUCCUGCCCUGUGCCCCUCCCUGAUGAGUGCCAACCCAGAGGGGCAGCAGGGUCCCGCGCUCGGCGCGCGGUGCGGAGUAUGCGGGGACGGGACGGACGCGCUUCGGUGCGCGCACUGCGCCGCCGCCUUCCACUGGCGCUGCCAUUUCCCGGCUGGAGCCGCCGGGCCGGGCACCCGCCUGCACUGCAAAUCCUGCUUCCGAGACCCAGGCCCCGCCGGGGAGGGAGCGCCAGCCCCCAGCCCCGCCUGCCCGCCCGCUGGGCCGGCCAAGGCAGGAGAUGACUCUGCAGGUCAGGAGCCAGUUCUGCACAGGGAUGACCUGGAGUCCCUCCUGAGUGAGCACUCCUUUGAGGGCAUCUUGCAGUGGGCCAUACAGAGCAUGUCCCGCCCGCUGGCCGAGGCGCCCCCGUUCUCCUGAUCCAGGGAGGCCCAGGACCCCGUGACCCCGUGGCGGAUGAUCUGAGCCUGCACUCACACCGUGGGCUCUUCUCAGAGGACAGAGGGGCACAUGUGCAGGCCGGGCUGGGGCCAAGAAGAACUAGAGAGCUCCAAGUGCUGGCCAUGCUGGCCGAUGGGGGACACAAGACCAUCACGUGUCCUGAAAUUAAAACCGCUUCUGUGGGGCUUGGAGGUGCUGCCCUGCCUUGG